AUGGCCAACCGGCGCGUUGCGAAGAGCCACCGCACGGGGCGGAAGAAAAAGAUGAAGAUGGCGAAGAAGUCGUCCCCGCUUGCGAGCGCCGCUGCAGCCGUCAGUGGGCUGCGCACCGGUGCCGGCAAGCACACCACCAAGACACGACUCGCACCGACCCGCGUGCGUGUCGUCAACGGAGUAGCAAAGAGGCAGCAGAAGAGCUUUUCUGAAGUGGAGUCCCUGCAGAAAACGAAGAGCCGGCUGAUGAAGCAGCAGGUGGUGGAGCGGAUGGUGCUGAAGGAGCACCUACGUGACCUCGAAGCGCGCAAAGACCGCAUUCGCCGCGGCGACUCGGCCAAGACGGAGCGGCGGGAACUCGCGAAGUACAUCCGCCAACUCAAGCAGGAGCAGCAAGUGAAGCAGGCCUCGGAGCUGCAGAACGUAGAGGUGGAGCUGAAGCGGCUGAUCGACGAGCGUGACAACGUGCGUGCGGUGCGAACGGCGGCUGGGGUGAACGAGGAGGACGCGGAUUGGGAAGAUGUGGAAGACGAGGUAGAGGAUGUGGACGAGGACGCGCUGCAGCGCAUGUUUGCCCAUCUCACAAUGUGA